CACGCGUAUUCGCCAGUUCAAUCAUUCCCAGCCACCAAACAUGCUUCGUCGUAGCCACAAGAAGUCAAGGGGAGGAUGCCUGGAAUGUAAGAGACGCCAUAUCAAAUGCGAUGAACAGCGUCCCAUAUGCCUUCUGUGCAUCAGAUCCGAGCGGGAGUGCAGUUAUGGAUCUCGGACCUCACGGGACAGUCGAUCGGCAGAACAUUCACCCUCACAGAAUGGAUACACAAGUUCAAACACCGCUCAAAGCCAAACUGGUACGCCUUCAACACCAGCGUCUAUUUCCGAUGUCGACUCGAAUGUUCGAAAUGUCAGGGACGAUCGAGACUUGCCACCCGAUGACGCCGUUAACAUGAACCACAUGGAGCUCGUGGCGCACAUCACCCUCGACAACGGCAUGUUCAAUCUCGGUGUCGGCAUGGAAUGGUACCACCCAGCCGGUCUCUCCCUCGCGCUCAAGACUGGUCUCGAGGCACCGUUCCUCAUGCACCAGCUGCUCGCGUUCUCCGCCCGUCACCUAGCAUUUCUGUAUCCCGAGCGUUCGACCUUGUUUCUCCACCAGGCCAUGACCCUCCAAACCCGUGCCAUUUCGCUAUUCAACUCAACGUGGGCUCAGGUCGACCAUUCCAACUGCGUUUCCGUUCUCCUCUUCUCGUCAGUACUGGGCCACCACCUCCUUGCCGACACGCUCGCUAAGCGCGAAACGGGUGGCCUCGACGCUUUCGUCAAGUACUACGCUCACUGUGCGGGGAUGCAGAGGGGCGUCGUAGCCGUUGCUAAAUCCGCGUGGCCGCUGCUAAUGGAAUCGGAGCUCGAGCCCAUCCUCUCCCUGAGCUCGGCAUUCACGAGUCGCGCGCCCACAGGCACGCACUGCCAGCGAGCUAUGGAACUCAUCGAAAGUGCAAACAACCUAGACGCCGAAGACCGGGCAGCAUGUCGACUGGCAGUCCAUUACCUGCAGGUUGGGUUGGACGCAGUGCUUUCCGAGGAGGAGCAGGGCAAUCAAUAUCAAAUGGUGUUUUCGUGGACGACACUGAUGGCACCGGAGUUUAUGGGGCUCUUGACGUCAAAGCGACCGGAAGCUUUGGUCGUCAUGGCGUAUUAUGCGCUGUUGUUGCAUCAUGGGCGGAGUAUGUGGCAGGUUGGCGAUGCGGGCGCGUAUAUAAUGGGUAUCAUCUCGGACUAUCUUGGGUCGGAAUGGGAUCACUGGCUUGAGUAUCCUAGGCAGGAAAUAGCAAAAGAUACCCGGUGAGCCAUCUCAAGGUCUUGUUCGGGGUGUUUGCUUAAGAUACUCUAAGCCAUAUUUGACAUGAGCAUAACUAGUACUAAUUUUAAUCUUCGCUAACUUGACGC